UCGAAAGGUUUUGUAACACGAUUAGCUUUCAUUGGAGAAGCUGGUGUAGGGAAAUCGACGCUGUUUGCCAAGAUAGCUCUUGAUUGGGCUGAGGGUAAAAUUCUUCAAGAAAUCCGUCUGCUUUUUCUUGAAUCAUUUCGAGAGAUUAAAGAGAGCGGAUUCUUCGGGGAUACUGUCAUGGCGCAUUUCCCAGAUGACUCAGAAAUAAAAGGGGAACGGGUCGAUGCAUAUGUGAGGAAAAAUCCGAGAAAAGUCCUAAUCUUAUUGGACGGACUAGAUGAGGCACAUAUCGACAUCAAAAUGCCAAACUGCAAUGACGCUAUGGUAUCGAUCGUAAGAGGAGACCGAUUCAUUGAUACCCCAGUUGUCAUCACAACCCGUCCUUUUGGAGCUGAUCAGAUCAAGAGCAUCAUGACGAUUAAUGACCACUACACGUUUGGUAAGGUUAAGGGCUUCACAAAGAAAAACAUGUCAACAUAUAUCAAAAACUAUUUCAAAGAUGAUUCUCAGUCUGCUUCCACCCUCAUUAACUUCAUUGAUACAAACCAAGUGGUUUCUGAGUACAUGGCACCCUUCCCGAUAUUCUGCUGUAUGCUAUGUUGCCUGUGGAAAACGCCAUCUGGGCGGGAAAAUAUUCAGGCAAUGGAAACAUUCUCUCAACUCUUGAAGCGUCUCGUAUUUUCACUUCAAGAGCAAUACUCUUCCAAACGAAAUGAAUUAGAAGAGGGCUAUGCAAGCCGCAGGAACAAAGCUGAUGAAAGUAUGAACGAGCUUGGUUGUAUCGCAUUUCAAGGUCUGUUGGAUAGACAGCUCAUCUUUGAUGAAAAAGCGUUCGGCUUAUGCACAGAGGCUGCAAGGACUGCAUGCGAGGUCGGGAUUCUUAGCAUGGAAAAAAGGCCAGCACCCUUGCAAAUCAGAGAAAGUCAGCGAAAGCAAUUCAUCGAAGAAUUCUCUUUCCCUCAUAAGUUACUCCAGGAGUACAUAGCAAGUUUCUACCUUGCAUCGCUGUUCCACAAAGAUUGUCGAGAAUUCAACAGAAUCAUGGCAGACACUCUUUUAGAAAACUACCGGUACAUGGAAUUCAGAUAUGUCUUGUACUUUACUGCAGCUCAUGGAGGUGAAGUAGGAAAGUCGGUCCUGGAAACUCUAUGCAAGAAAGUUGAUGACAUGGAUUUCAUCAUUAAGGUUGCUUUUGAAGUACAUGAUUCAGAAGCCAUUGAUCUCGUCAGGAAUCGUUUGAAGACUGAGGCACAUCUUACGUUACAUCCUCCAAUCGCCGCACAUGUCUUCACACUGGAGCCAAUAGGGAAAGAAGUAGUAAGAAGAAGUUCUUCGAUUCGUGAAACAUUGGAUGUUAGCAAAUCCUUUGAAGCUAAUGCACCAUCGUCACAUGUAGCAGCAGCAGUAGGUCUUUUCACAUUGCCGAAGUUGCGAUGGUUGAUCUUUCAAAGAGUGCGCCUGGAUGAUGAAUUCUACACAGGAAUAUCUGCUGCAGCUUCACAGUCCAAGGUAUAAGGGGCCUAUUUAUUGUAUUAUAUCGAUGAAUCCU